UUUUAUUAAAUUACUAGUACUCAGGCUACAACAUAGCUCCUUCCCCGUAUCAUCGUUUCGGCCUACCGUAUAUGUGUGCUACACAGAUGCUCGACAGUCGACCCGGUUGAAGCCUUCGAUUCCAAAUCCGUAUCCGCUUCCUUUUGGUUCUGACCUCCGACGACAGAGAAUUCACCGUUUUUCUUAACCCAGGUUGUAAAAUAAUCAUCGAAUUAUCCAUUUAAUCGAUUAAUCAUGAAGCAAACCCGAAGAAUAUGAUUAUAAAGGAGAUCAAUGGGGGAGAAGACCAAGUACAGUAUAAUUAUCCCAACUUAUAAUGAACGACUCAACAUCGCCAUCAUUGUUUACCUCCUCUUCAAGCAUGUCAAGGAUGUUGAUUUUGAAAUUAUAGUUGUGGAUGAUGGAAGUCCUGAUGGAACUCAAGAUAUUGUAGAACAAUUGCAGCAGGUGUAUGGGGAAGGUCGCAUUCUUUUGAGGCCCCGAUCGGCUAAGCUUGGUUUAGGUACUGCAUAUAUUCAUGGUUUGAAGUAUGCCUCUGGAAACUUUGUUGUCAUUAUGGAUGCCGAUCUAUCCCACCAUCCAAAGUACCUGCCAAAAUUUAUAAAGAAACAAAUAGAUACCGGUGCCGAUAUCGUCACGGGAACCCGUUAUGUUAAGGGUGGGGGUGUUCACGGCUGGAAUCUAAUGCGUAAAUUGACAAGUAGAGGAGCAAAUGUCCUUGCACAGACACUACUUUGGCCAGGAGUAUCAGACUUAACUGGAUCAUUUCGGCUCUACCGGAAGUCAGUGCUUGAAGACAUCAUAAGUUCAUGUGUCAGUAAAGGCUAUGUUUUUCAAAUGGAGAUGAUUGUCCGUGCUUCAAGAAAGCAUUAUCAUAUUGAAGAGGUUCCAAUUACUUUUGUUGAUAGAGUAUUUGGGAGCUCCAAGUUGGGAGGUUCAGAAAUAGUCGAGUAUCUUAAGGGCCUCAUAUAUCUUCUGUUUACAACAUGAACUAUAGAACAACCAACUGAUCACUUUCUUUCGAGUUCCAACUACUUUCAAACAAUGCAUUUUUUAAAGCGAUAUUUGAACUAGUGCUUAGAAACUUUAGACUAGUGACUUUUCCCCCUUUAUUGUCGUUGUAUCAUAAAAACACACCUACUGACCUACAGCCUACAGGAGAAAACUAAUUAUAUGGCAUUAUAGUGUUAUGUUAUACUCCCUCUGUUUCACAAUCAAAA